AUGAAAAUUAGCAUUAUUUUAGGUCUAAUAAAGAUAAAAAAGGAAAGAAGAUAAAUAUAAAAGAUAUUGGACAACAUCCAUCCUGAAGAAUAGCAUUUCGCAUCCAAUAAAUAAGAAGAAAUCCUAUAUUACAAUAUUUACAUUCUGACCAUCCUCCCUAUUUUGAGGAUAUUAGAAAUUGUGAAACACGCUCUAAUUGAAAAAUUUAUCACAAAAAUCCCAGCAUUUCAUCCCUUCACUAAAUAAUAGGUUGAAGAGGAAUCUUUGCAUAUUUUCAACGACUUCCUUGACUCUCUGUCUUAAAAAGGACAAAUGAAUGUCAACAAAUAUAUACACAAAGUAAUCAAAAAAUAAACCACGUAUUAAGAAGCAUUAAAGAUGGCCACUUCUGCUAAGACUCUGUUAGUAUAACCGAAUGAUUUCUAGAGACAAUCUUCAAUAUAAAUGAAACAUAUCAAUGGAAAUGUGAAAGUCAAAUCGAAGAUGUCUGAUUUUUAUGAGAAUACUGCAGACGAUCAUUUGCAAAGGAAUAUUGCAAUGAAUAGGACCUUUGAUUUACUUUACAUUUUUAUAGGAGAUAUACAUUAUCACAAAUUACUAGAGGAUCCAGAUUAUUUAUACAACCAAAUCUAACAUAUGAAUCCAGAUUAUUGGAAAACCAAAUACACACCAAUUAUGCACAAAAUAAGUGAAUGCAUUGAUGAAGAUUUGGAGGAUUUCAUUAAGUAAGAUGAUAAAAAUCAGAAUAAAUAAGAAUAAUAAUAAUAGAAACAAGAGUAUUGUUGUAUAUUAAGGGCAAUUUGUUAAUAUGCAGUAGACUUAUUGAAAAGUGUGAAUGUGGCCACUCUGUAUUAUUACUCAGUUAAAUAUUCAUUUCAAAAAUUUGUAAACCGUUUGGAUGGAGAGGAGGAUUUACAGAGAAUAUUAUAUUUGACUUAGAAUCAUAAUAAGGAGAGGAAUUACAAAUAACAUGUGAAAGACUUUUUGAGAGGACGUUCAAAUUUCAUUAAAGAGAUGCGAAAUAGGUGUUUGAUUGAUUAGGGAGAAAGAGAAUUGAUAAAAGUAAUUUUAAAUUUCUGA